AUGGCGUCUAACAUGUUACAAUUUCAACAAGAUACUCGGAACAACAUAAAGAGCUUGGAAGAACAAGUGAGUCAAAUAGCGAAUGAGAUGCGCGAGAUGAAAUCAAAGGAGAAAGGUAAAUUGCUUGCAUGGCCUGACGCUAAUCCGAAGAACGUGAGCUCGAUGGUUUUACGAAGCGGAAAGGAAUUAGAAGGACCUAAAAUUGAAAUUUCAAAGGACAAGGAUAAAGAAGAGAUCGAAAGAGAGAUAGAGAAAGCUGCUCAUGAAAAAACAAACAAGGUAACUUCUGAAACGCCUAUUUACCCUAAGACUAACGCCGCAUCAUUUCCUUGCAGGUUAAAGAAACCGAGGAAGAGUGAUAAAAACAAGGAGAUGAUGGAGAUGUUUAGAAAAGUGGAACUGAGCAUAACUUUGCUAGAUGCUAUCAAAAAAGUUCUGAAGUAUGCCAAAUUUUUUAAGGAACUUUGCACGAAUAAAAAGAGAUUGCGAGGAGAUGAGUGCAUUAUUGCUCGCGAGAGCGUAUCUGUUAUUAUACAAUGUAAACUCCCUCUUAAAUGUGGCGAUCCAGGUAUGUUCUCGGUUCCUUGUAAGAUAGGUAAGUUGGAGAUUAAACGAGUAAUGUUAGAUUUAGAAGUUGCAAUUAAUGUGAUGCCUACGUCUAUUAAUAAAUCUCUAAAUGUUGGGCCAUUAAAAGAGAUUAGGAUUAUGAUACAACUAGAUGAUAGGACUAAUGCUUACCCUGAAGAAAUGAUUGAAGAUGUCCUACUGCAGGUUAAUGAAUUAAUUUUUCCAGUGGAUUUUUAUGUGCUUGACAUGCAUAAUGAUAACUCUCCAAAUCCUUCACCGAUAUUGCUUGGUAGACCAUUUAUGUGCACUGUGCAAACUAAAAUAGAUGUCAAGCAGGGUAUACUUUCUAUGGAGUUUGAUGGUGAGAAAGUACAGUUUAAUAUUUCCGAUGCUAUGAAAUACCCUGGAGAAUCUAGCGUUUUUUAUAGCUUGGAUGUUUUUUAUGAGAACAUGCAGGAAAUUUUUUAUUUAAGUGGAAGAGACCCUUUGGAGAUUUUUCUGGAAUACCAUCGUGAUGUGCAAUUCAAUGCAAAAAAAUUGAUGAAUUCACAGCUAAGGGAAGCAAUGCACGCACUGCAGUCUUCGGAAUUCAAGACGACCAGGUUAGAACAAGCAACGUUGCCUUUAAGUGAAUCUAAACAAAAAAUAUUGCCCUCUGUUUUGCAAGUUCCGGAUCUAGAGAUGAAGUCAUUCCCUGAUAAGCUUAAAUAUGUUUUUCUAUGA